AUGGGUAAUUGCAAAAUGCUGCCAAAACAUGUAAAAGCGCGCAUAAAGGAAUGGAGCAAAAAAUCAUUGGAAGCUGCUUUUAAACUAGUUGAAGAUGGAAACCCAAUAAGAGAAGCCGCCCGAUGUACUGGCAUUCCAUUUUCUACACUACAAGAGAGGCUGAAAAAGAAAAAGAACAAGAAGAAAAUAUGGCUUCUCAAAUUAGACUGCUUGCUAAUAUAUUUUACGGGUGUACUGCUAUAG